UGAUGACGUCACAUAGAGUGGCCCACUCCAGGACAGUUGUUAGCCGUUUCCGAUUGUUGGGAAGGUAACCGCGACCGAAAGAGUACGGCUCCGUGAGCACCGAGAAGGUCAAGUCCUGGUCCUGAGGGCAGACGGUGUGACCAUGGAAGAGCAGACAGUGUCACCCGGGGGCAAUACAGACAACAGUGGACAGAGAAACGGCGAGGAGGUAAUGAGACACCAUGAGAAGCCGCGGCGCUCGAGCUGGUCGAAAGGGCGCAAGAGGAAGAAGCCGGUGAAGGACAGCAAUGCCCCAAAGGCGCCGCUCACGGGGUACGUGCGCUUCAUGAACGACCGGCGCGAGCAGCUGAGGGCAGAGCGCCCCGACGUGCCUUUCCCCGAGAUCACCCGCAUGCUGGGCAACGAGUGGAGCAAGCUGCCUGCCGACGAGAAGCAGCGCUACCUGGACGAGGCCGAGCGGGACAAGGAGCGCUACAUGCGGGAGCUGGAGAAGUAUCAGAAGACGGAGGCUUACAAGCGCUUCACCAGGAAAGUGCAGGAGAAGAAGGGCAAGGCACACAGAGGGGAUGCGUCACGCCAAGCUGCCAGCGAAUCCCUCCACGAGAAGGAUGCCGAAGGGAAGGAGAGAUCUGUGUUUGACAUCCCCAUCUUCACUGAAGAGUUCCUCAACCACAGCAAAGCGCGCGAGGCCGAAAUGCGGCAGCUGAGGAAAACCAACAUGGAGUACGAAGAGCGCAACGCGGCGCUGCAGAAGCAUGUGGAGAGCAUGCGCGGCGCCGUGGAGCGACUGGAGGGCGACGUGAUGCAGGAGCGCAGUCGCAACAGCCUGCUGCAGCAGCACCUGGAGAACCUGCGGCAGGCACUCGCCUCUGGGCUCUCGGGCCUGCCGCUUCCUGGCAGCGGGGAAACCCCCACCCUGGACACAAUCGACUCUUACAUGAAGAAGCUGCACGGCAUCAUCGUGGCCGAUCCACAGGAACACGAGGGGCUGAUCAAUGUUGUCAGGGAGGUGGUCAGCCGCCUGGAACGGUAGAACCAGGUGACCGGCAGCGCCAGGGGAUCGAGGGUUCGACGGGCCGAGGAGCGACUUCCACCUUCAUCUUUCCACAGUUGCGCUAGUCAGGUCAUGCAGCCGAUAAUUUUAGCACAUCACUCACUUAUUUUUCACAGUAUGUAUAAGGUGGCAUUACAUUUUAGAUUAUUUAUCAUUUUGUACAUCCACAUUUUUUUCUUUUUUCCUCCAUCUGUUGUUUUGUAGUAUUUGUGUAUUAACUGUCUUGUGACAAAAUGCUUCCCGGAGCUGACAGUGUGUUUAAAAAAAAAAAAAAAAAAAAAAGUCAGCGUAUGUAGUAAUAUUCACACGACCGCUGAACCGUGCUGUGUACACACGUUAGUUCUUGAAAAAAGGAGUGGGUGUAUGUGUGUACAGUUUCCCUGCAGACCCUCACGAUCUUAUUCAUUUUUUUAAAAUCUGAAUUUUAGCCUUUCUUAGUAUUUAAUUACGAUAGGUCAUAUCUGAUCAAUUUGCAUAAAGCGGUGUUACUCCCUUUGUGUGUCCUGUGUCCUUCGCGCAGAGGAACGUGUUGCGUUUGCAGAAACAUUGUGUUUGGACUUUAUAACUAUAAAUGUUGUGUUGAAUAAACUCUUUUACACAAGUA